AGGCUUAAAAUAGGUGGACCAGCCUGCCCAACAGGGACGCUGCCACACGAUCGCUCAUUCAAGCAAUUGCGCUGUUCCUCCUUCGUCAUGGCGAGAACGUCUGUGGGUGCUGCUGGUGCGAUGAAAAACCAAAGUUGUUCGAAAAAGGCGAGCGCCAUCACACCGAGCAAGGUCGUCAUUGACCUGUCCACCCGGGCGACGUCCCUCAAGUCCAUCUUCGCCAACGUUGCAGAUAUCGAGCAGCCCGUCCCGAAUGCUGUAACGUCAGACAUGUGCGUGCGGUCGGUGCAUGUCCCAUCGGCAGUCCCAGUGACUUGGUUGGACCCGUCCCUGCCGUACGUCGCGAUCUACAACGAACUGAACGCUCCAUUUUCACCGACGCUCCCCGCCGCCACGUUCUACACGAUCACUGAAUCUGGCCAUGCCGCGCUCGAACACGCCACAGAGGACUUGCACAGCAUGUUCGUCCGAGCGACGGAAUACGUGUUGGAGAACGAGGCCGACGUUGGCAAAUACUUUCACAUUCCAGACGUGCUGUGGCCAAAAAUUCGGCGGUCAUGGGCCCAAAGCAAACACGAUGUCGUAUCUGGCCGCUUCGACUUUGCCCUCACGAACGAAGGCAUCAAAGUGUACGAGUACAACGCUGACUCGGCAUCGUGCCUGUUGGAAUGCGGGUACGUCCAAGAUGCGUGGGCAGCCGCCGCGGGCGUCACGAACGUCGGCCGCAGCACGAGCGCGACUCUGUUCCAGCAACUCGUGCAGACGUGGAAAGAUCUCAAGAUCUCGGGGCCGCUGCACAUCAUGUGCGACCGCGACAUUGAAGAACGCUAUCACGCCACGUACAUGCAGGCGGCGGCGGAAGCAGCGGGCAUCCGUUGCUACCUCGUCGUCGGAAUCGAUGGCAUCACGUGGACUCUGGACAACCAAGGGCUGCAAGAUGGCGCGGGCCAUCGAAUCGUAAACGUGUGGAAGACGUGGUGUUGGCGCACGGUUAUGAAUGAAGUGGAGGCGCGCGAGGAAGCGACCGCGUCGUUUCAGGUGCCCGACGCGCCGCAACUCAUGGACAUCCUCCUCCACGAAUCCGUUCGCGUGUUUGAGCCACUGUGGACGCUCCUGGCAGGUUCCAAGGCUAUCCUGCCGAUCCUGUCCAAACUGUUUCCCCACAGCCCGUACCUUCUCAAGUCAUCUUUCGACGAGCGAGACGUGGCCGAGUUCACAACAGGUUAUGUGGCAAAGCCCGUCAUGGGGCGCACGGGCAGCAACAUCUCGCUGUACUCGGCGGACCGGCAGCUCCUCAACGAGACGGGCGGCCGGUGGGUGCGCGACACGAUCGUAUAUCAAGAGCUCGCGAUGCUGCCCAAGUACAACGACGCCAUGUAUGUCCAAGUAAACACGUGGGCGAUCCAUGGCGCGUUCGGCGGCACGGUUCUCCGCCAGGACGCGAGUAGCAUCAUUGGGCUCAACUCGGACAUCCCGCUGCUGCGCGUUGUGCCAGACGCCGACGACAAUAAUUGAACGCGACGACGAGUGUUCUUCGACGCCACGGCGGCGACGAUCCCAGGUAGAACAGAUAGGUUUCUAACGAUCGAAUACCACGCGUUCGACGCA